AUGGUGGAGGUGAGGCAGGGAGAGGGUGGUUUAGAGAGUAUGUUUCGAGACAGGUGGGGGAUGGAUCAGACACUUUUUUCUGGACUGACCCCUGGGUGGAUGGAUCAUGUUUCAGAUAGGUGGCAGUGGCGGGCUGACUUGGAUGACGGUUACACGGUUCGUGGUGCUUAUCAGCUUCUGACGACCCAGGAUGCCGUUACUUUGGAUGCUGUGUCAGGUCUUAUCUGGCACCGUCAGGUUCCUUUGAAGGUUUCCAUUUGUGCCUGGCGACUCUUGCGGGACAGGUUACCUACCAAAGCAAACCUGGUUACUCGAGGGAUUUUAUCUACGGAGGCUCAUCUUUGUGUUUCUGGUUGUGGAGAGGUUGAGUCGACUCAGCACUUGUUCCUCUCUUGCAGCUCUUUUGGCUCCCUUUGGUCUCUUGUCAGCUCCUGGAUUGGUUCUUCUGUGGUGACUGCUCAGACUCUUUCGGAACACUUUGUUCAGUUUACGGAUUCAGCAUGUGGUUCUCGAGCACGACGUUCUUUUAUGCAGCUCAUAUGGCUUGCUUGUGUUUGA